CCUCACACCAAACAAGUCAAGCUCAAACUCAAAUGUACUUGGCUCGACUCAGUUUUCCUUCCCCUUUGUAUCUCUCGAUCUAAACUUCUUCCACCUUAUCUGACCCAGCAAAUGGUGUGACCCCAACAGACAAACAAUCUAUCUCUCUCUCCUGCUUCGACAAGAACAAUGGCGUCACUGGCGCAACAAUUGGGUGGUGGCCUUCGGUGCCCACCAAUCUCUACCACUCGUCUCUCCAAUAAGCAGAAAACCCAGAAGCCGAAUUGGGUGGUGAGAGCAGUAGCGUCUCCUUCGGUGGGCAUAUCAAAUGCAGAGACCAGAGAGAGACAGAAGCUCAAACAGUUGUUCCAAGAAGCCUACGAGAGGUGCCGGAAAUCCCCCUUGGAAGGCGUUCCAUUCACCCUCGAAGACUUCUCUUCCAGGCUCGAAAACUUCGACGUCUUUCCCGAAGUCGGCGCCAUGGUGAAAGGAAAGGUGUACAAUGUUGAUGGUCAUGGAGCAGUGGUUGACCUUGCUGCGAAAUCUUCAGCAUACUUGCCAGUCAGAGAGGCAUGCAUUCACAAUAUAAGGCAUGUUGAAGAAGCAGGCAUAGUUCCUGGCAUGGUGGAAGAGUUUGAGAUUAUUGAGGAAACAGAAGAUGGUGAUAACUUGAUCUUGAGCUUACGAACGGUCCAGUAUGACCUUGCGUGGGAACGAUGCAGGCAGCUUCAGACUGAAGAUGUUGUUGUCAAGGGAAAAAUUGUUGGUGCAAAUAAAGGUGGAGUUGUGGCAGUGGUGGAGGGCCUCCGUGGUUUUGUUCCUUUCUCACAGAUAUCAACAACUGCUGAUGCAGAAGACCUUUUCGGAAAGGAGAUACCGGUUAAGUUUGUGGAGGUAGAUGAGGAAGAGUCUAGGCUUGUUCUCAGUAACCGCAAGGCCAUGGCUGACAGCCAGGCACAGCUAGGAAUUGGGUCUGUUGUUGUUGGAACUGUUCAGAGCCUCAAACCUUAUGGUGCCUUCAUUGACAUUGGUGGAAUGAAUGGACUUCUACAUGUUAGCCAGAUCAGUCAUGACCGUGUCGCUGAUAUAGCAACAGUGCUUCAACCUGGCGACACCCUCAAGGUGAUGAUACUGAGUCAUGACCGGGAGAGAGGGAGAGUCAGUCUUUCUACUAAGAAGUUAGAGCCAACACCAGGGGAUAUGGUUCGCAAUCCGGAGCUUGUUUUCGCAAAGGCGGAGGAGAUGGCACAGACAUUCAGACAGAGAAUAGCUCAAGCGGAAGCCAUGGCUCGUGCUGACAUGCUGAGGUUCCAGCCUGAGAGUGGACUGAACUUGAGCGUGGAUGGGAUUUUAGGUUCACUUGUCGAUGACUUGCCUGUUGACAGCCUAGAUCUGACCGAUAUUCCUCCAGCUGAAGAUUUAUGAUAUGAAGUUGCUAAUUCUUGUUUUGUUUCAUCCCUCUUGGGUUUAUAAGUUGUAUUCUGUUCAAGGGUUGUUAAAUUGUUCUACUUCUGUAUCUCACCUAAUUAAAUAGAUAUAAGAUAAGUUCUCAAUGUAUCUUAUCCAAUCUCCUUCGGUUC